GUUUAAGAGGACCGUUACGAUCAACUGGCAGAGCCGAAAUUUGAAAUUCCCGGGAGAAACAAGAGCGGAAGAGAAGAAUGAUGGAUUUGUUUUUCCCACAGGAUUUUCAGGGCGAUAUCUUCUGGCGCGAGGCUUAUAUAGCUUCUUCCCCGGUGAGCCAAAGCGCUUUUGCGGCGUACACAGAAAAACCCAGAACAGAAUUUGGGUCGGGGAGCACAGGAGGUGACGAUCGGCGGAAUUAUGCAAACGUGAACAAGAGAAUGAUGGAAUUCUUGAGGAGGAGCUGGCAUCCGAGAGUUGAAACAGAGGAGCCCGAGAAAGACCGGUGCUUUCGGCACAUGAUGAACGAGCGGGUGAGGAGGGAGAGGCAGAAGCAGAGUUACAUGGCCUUGCAUUCCAUGCUGCCUUUUGGCACCAAGAGUGAUAAGAAUUCGAUUAUUCAAAUGGCGGCCAAGAAAAUUGAAGAGAUGCAAAGGCGUAGGGAGGAGUUGCAGAGGCGAAAGUUGGAGGUUGAAGCAAAUUUGGCGGCGGUAGAAGGGGUAGCAACGAUUAGAGUAAGAGUGGCUAAUCCUACUUCUGGAGUUGAUUCAAUGGUGGAAGUUCUUAAGUGCUUGAAGGAUUUGGGACUCGAAACCAGAACCAUCAGAUCAAAUUUCUCUGCUCACGAGUUCUCUGCUGAAUUGGAGAUUGAAAGCCAGAUUGGGAUUGCCGAAGUGGAAAAGGCUAUACAAGAAACACUCUGCGAAGCUGAGAGGAAACUGCUUCACCGUUUCGAGGAAGGUUGGAAAAGCUAGAGAAAAUGGGGGCCCCAAAGACUUUGUAGCGCUCUGCCCCCGGAAAGCAAACACUCUUAACCGUGGGAUGUAUUUAUUUAGUUUAUAUAUUAUCUCACUUUUUGUAAGCAAAACUAUUAGCACGUCAGUUGGUUCGAGAAUUUAACCAUGCAAAGUUGAUUUUAUGGAUUUGAAUUGACUAAAAGAAUUUGAAUUUACCCA